GCCUGAGGCUUAGGCACUGGCUGGAAAACCGACGGGAAGCGCCAUGACGUUCGUUCACAUUGAUUCACGCUCCACAUUGGCGGCCCCAUCAACACAACUAUUGCAUUUUGCUUUACGUUCUGGAUUCUUGUUCUGUGAUAUUUCUUUUCCUUACUUCAACUUCACUUUUCUUAGAAAAACAUCAAGCAGACCAUUUGACCAGCCUCAGCUGCCAUCGACUUAUAAAUUGCGUGCUUUACCAAGAACGCCGAUUGCUUUCAUCUGUAACCCGGAACCGUUGAUGCGCCACGAGAAAACGCAACAUCUUGAACCUAAGCGAUGAAGAGAUUAAGUUCAGACGAUUUACUCAUCCAAGACCAGGAUGUCAGCUAGAUACUUCGAGAUUGUCACAUCUGCGAGUGCAUUUCACAUCCGGAUCAAGACUGAGCAGAGAAGCGAUGGGGCGCUUUGCGUCGAGGACCUCCAAGCCUCUGGCAGUAACUGGGGCCGUCGCUCAGAUGUUGGCCUGUCGGGUCAUCGUCUCGCCGACAGCACACAAUGUGCUCCCCACAUACGCAAAACACACGCAGCGUAUUGAAGGGUUCACAGUCCAAGAAAUCAAGGACUUUCUUGACGGAUCUGACCUGGUCUUGAUGCGUUGCAGUACUCACUCCCUGAUUUUUGAUUGUGGCUUUUCUCUCGUUGAUAUGGGAGCUGCGCUGGCAGCCGUCAAGAACGACCCUCGUCACCGUGUAGCUGUUAGGAAUGAAGGAAUCCUGGAAGCAAAAAGAGUCGGACGAAAUACAAGAGGAUAUCUACUCAGUGAGCUUCCAAUUUCCGUCAAGCAACCAUACUCACAGCGACGCACUGGGCAGUGACGGAUCUGGCAGUCCGAGCGAAACCGCGUGACAACUUAGUUCGCCGUGAUGCGGUGGGGGCUAGACAAGUACAGCAGCUUCUUAUUUCAUGCC